UUCAAAGACACCUAGUUGUGUUGGGUGGACGAAAACUUUACAAACUUUUGAUUUUAUAUAUAAACUAACGUUAUAUUAAAUUAAAACAGUUCUUUAACUUUUCAUUUGGAAGGAAACAGUCUCCUUUAGGAGUAAUAAACUGGUACUGUUCUGUGGAAAGUGGAAACAGUUGUUGCGGACGUAUAAAUUGCAAAGAUUUUGAUAUUUUUUUUAACAGUUCUUUAUUUCUUUGCAAAAACAUGAAUAAAAUAGUAACUGUAGUUGCACCAGUAAAUAUAGCAGUCAUCAAGUAUUGGGGCAAACGCGAUGAAGAAUUAAUAUUGCCUAUAAAUGAUUCCGUUAGUGCAACUUUAGACACGAGUGUUAUGUGCGCUAAAACUUCGGUCACUGCUAGGCCUGAAUUUACUGAAGAUGAAAUUUGGUUAAAUGGGAAGAAAGAAUCAUUCUUCAAUAAGCGGUUGCAAAAUUGCCUCAGAGAAAUUAAACUUCGAGCGUCGGACGAAAAAAGCGUUGAUGAAAAUUUUUUGUCAUGGAAAGUGCAUGUCUGUUCAGAAAAUAAUUUCCCAACUGCUGCCGGGCUUGCGUCCUCGGCCGCCGGAUACGCCUGCCUGGUGUCUGCUCUUGCUAAGCUCUAUAAACUCAAGUCAGAUGUAAGUUCAAUAGCUCGGUUAGGGUCUGGAAGUGCCUGCAGAAGUGUCUACGGAGGAUUUGUCAGGUGGCAUGCAGGAGAAAAACCAGAUGGAUCUGACUCAGUGGCGUCACAAGUGGCUGAUAGCUCCCAUUGGCCAGAUAUGCAUGCCUUGAUACUUGUAGUUGGUGAGGCUAAAAAGAAAACCAGCUCCACAAAAGGCAUGAACAUUUCCUGGCAAACUUCUGAACUACUAAAGUAUCGAGCUCAACAUAUUGUCCCUCAGAGAACUGAGGAAAUCUGCAAAGCGAUCAAGGAGAAAAACUUUGCAAAGUUUGCUGAAAUUACUAUGAAGGAUAGUAAUCAGUUUCAUGCAGUUUGCUUGGACUCUUACCCUCCAUUUGUUUACUUGACAAGUGUUUCUCAUAUGAUUAUUGAUCUAAUCCACAGUUAUAAUGAUAUAUGUGGCGAAAUGAAGGUGGCUUACACCUUUGAUGCUGGUCCUAAUGCUUGUCUGUAUUUAUUAGAGAAGGAUGUGCCGGCAGUUGUAAGUGUUAUUAAACAUAUCUUUCCAUCCUCUUCUCAUGCUUUCAUCAAAGGCUUAGAAAGUGAAACUGUGACUAUUGAUGCUGCACUCAUAAGCAAACUGGCCAUUGAGCCCCAAGCUAAAGAUUUAAUCAAAUAUGUCAUCCACACAAAGGUUGGUGAAGGACCAACAGAAGUAGUGGAUGGAUCUCAUUUAUUAAAUCAAGAUGGAUUGCCAAAUAAUUUGGUAUGUCUCUGAAAAUAUGAUAUAACUAUAAUAAAAAUUUACUUUUGCUCAACAAAUCUUGGAAGUCAAGGAUACCUUGGAAGUGGGAAAUAAUCAAUUUAUAAUUAAUGAAUUACUAGGUUUAAGUACAAAAAGUUAUAUGGACAUAAUUUAUAUCAUUUUAAUCCUAAGAAAAUAAAAAAAAUACUUUUCUACUAUAUGUUGAGAUUAUAAUAGUAGCUUUAUAAAAAAUUUAUAUAGGUACAUAUAGUGCAGUUAUAUAAUGAGUCUGUCAGGAAUUGAAAAAAAAAAGGUUUUAGUUAACAAAAUUUUAAUUGGGUCAAAAACUAUUAAUCUUUUAACCAGACCGGUUCUAUGAUUAUUCUUAAUAUUAUUUUAUAAAUAUUAUAUAUUUAUUUUUGUAAGUAUCAUCUCAAUUUGAAUUGUGGAUGUACCUUAUCUGUUUUAUUAUUUUUAAUUGACUUUUAAAUAGGUUUUUAAUUAGAUAUAUUGAAAUGUAAUGGCAAAGGUGAAGUGUUAUCAUAUAUAUCUCAAUAAACAACUAUGUUGAAAUUCAAA